AUUGGAACACUUUGGAUAGUCUCAGGUAACAUCAUAAAACUACUAUUUAUAGGGUUCUGUAUUUGCUGCUGUGCCGAUUAGGGUUUUUCAGUAUCUCUCUUCCCUUCCUUUUAUCGCUUUUCCUCUCAGUCGACACCAAACAAAAUUUCAGAUAUGAGUCUCCAUCCAGAAGUCAAGUGGGCACAAAGGCCCGAUGUGGUGUAUCUCACUGUGAUGUUGCCAGAUGCUAAAGAUCCAAAAGUAAACUUGGAUCCAGAAGGAAUUUUUAAUUUCUCUGCUACUGCUGGGGCGGGAGACCGUCCCUAUGAGUUGAAACUUGAGCUCCAGGAUAAAGUUAAUGUCGAGGAGAGCAAAAUUAGUAUUGGCGUUAGAAGUAUAGUCUGCGUUCUGCAAAAAGCAGAGCCGAAAUGGUGGACUAAAUUAUUGCGCGGAGCCGGGAAAGCACCACACUAUGUGAAAGUAGAUUGGGACAAGUGGGUGGAUGAAGACGAUGAACCUGAUGCUGGUCCCGGAGAUAUGGAUCUGAAUUCAAUGGAUUUCUCAAAAUUCGGUGAUAUGGGUGGAAUGAUGGGUGGAAUGGGAGGUGAUAUGGCUGGAAUGAUGGGUGGCAUGGGAGGCAUGGGUGGCAUGAUGGGCGGAAUGGGAGGUGAUAUGGGGGAUGACCUUGAUGACAGCGAUGAUGAAGAGCAAGAUGUGACCAAGCCUUCAGCUAAAGCUGCUGAGACGGUAGAUGGGAAGCCAAAAAUUGAAGAAGUCACCAAGGCAGGAGGUGAGACUGCAUAGGGAAGAAGUGGAAGCUCAGCCAGGCUCUUGAGUGCAUAAGUAGUAGACGUUGCUGAAGAGAUCCACUGGCUUGCAUUCUAGAGUGGCAUGGUUAUAAGUUGUCCCUUUCAGUUCAUUAAAGUAAAGAAGCUUAUCGCUCAUGGGAGUUCUUCGUGAGGGGCAUUAUUAACAUUUUCAUCCACCUGAGCUGGAUAACAUACCUCAACUCUUCUAAUUUGUGGGCUUCUGUACUAUUGUUUUAGUUUGACUGAUAAUGAUGUUUGAAUGACUUGGAUCAAAUAUCUGUAUCUUCCUGGCCUGCCAUAUCUGUUUUAGAUGCUUCUGCUUAAACUAGCUCAACAUGAAUGAUCUCCGUCUCCAA